AUGAGCUUUAAUGGCCUCAAACGAAUGCUAAACAUCAAUCCGGCGAAUGCGUUUGCUUACUUUGCCUCUGUCAAUUCAGACAGGCGGCUGGGUUUCCGAGUUUACGAUGAUAUGUUAGAAGAAAAAUACACGUACAGACGGCCCGAGUUUCUUCAAUUGAACGAGGAAUCUGAACAAGCUGCAUCGGAUCACGAGUCAAGACCGAUUAUUAUUCCACACAGGGAACUACCUUUUAACGCUGGAUACGCCGAGUAAGUUGAAUAUAUCUUUUGUGGAAAGCUUUAUUUCUGUCUUUUGCUAUCUCGCUGGUUUGUUGUAAUCGACCGUACGUAAGUUAGCUAAUCUGAUCAUCACACGUAAUGAUCAGUUUUGAAAGGUUUUCUAUUGAUCCUUUAAAAUUAAAAAGGAAUUUGUUUCAGACGUCAGCUCGUUUCCUGUUAGGCAGACUUCCAGUUUCAGUCUUUUAAUAUCUCAGCGUAAUUCAUUGAUAUUAAAUUUGUUUCCUACCCAACCUAUAAACACAGUCGUGAAGGGGAAAAUUUUUGUCGAUCGCGGAUCCUGGCUCUCUGAAUAAUGAAUGCCUUAAUAUUGUUUUUUUUGCAACCCUUAGAUAGCAACGUUUAACAUGACUUGGAAAAUCAAUAGAAUAAACUUACUCAUGUAUAUAGUUGACCGGAAGUACGUUCAAAAAGGCUUUGAACAUGACGUUAUUCAUAUGCAGCUAUGAGUUUAUUGCUUAAAUAUACAGCUAGACUGACUUAUGUUUUCAGGGUUUCACGGUAAAAUGCAAAAGUGUUCAAAUUCAGCGAAGUUCUUUGUAUUUAGUCAGUCUUGUAAAUUUUGGGACCAUUACCUUCAAUAAAUGAUUGUUCACCAUUUCUUUUACUGUAUGAGGGUGGUAUUUUGUUGCUUUUUAGUGGUCCCAUUUUUAUAUAAUUGGUGACAAACUGUAAGCAUAACUUACCUGUGACCUCUCAAAAAGAGCUGUGACUAUUCUAAUAGGUUACGGCCCCCCCAAAAAAUGGCCGAUUCCGCGGGAUUUUGCAUUGAUUUGAUGAGUGUGAGAGUGUGUGUAAUGUUUUUUAGAAAGAUAAUCAUAUGUUAUUUUAACAACAAAGCACUUGUGAAGUGAUGGCAAAGCUUGUAACAUCAUGACUAGUGCCCAGUUUUUUGCAACAUAAUUUAUGCCUAGUAGUUGCUUGUUGUGGUGAAGAAGUUUCAAGGUAAAUUUGCAAGUUUAUACAUAUAUACAUACUUACAUACCUUUAUUGUUACCUCCCUAAAAAGGCUUUUUUCAGGAACAAUGAUUAUAUUAAAUUAUUGCUAAUAACUAAUGGCAUUUAAACAUCCCCAAUAGCCAAGAUAAGUUUCAAAUAUGUUGUAUCAACAGGUAUUUGAUAAGAUUUCUUGGGAAUUACAUGGGAUUUUGCAUGUUUUUGUGAAUUUCGUGGGAUUUUGUGGACUUACCUGAAUUUUACGGCUGCGGGAUGGCGCUAAAAUAUCAGAAACCUUGACUAGAGGUAUUCUGAUCUUCUAUACUAAAGGAAUUAAAAUUAAGAAUGUGGGGCCUUGAAAACAAACUUCUGAAAACUUCAUUUCAUUUGCCCUCUAGUAGUCUAGCAGCAAAUGAAAGGGAUUUUUAUCGCUAGGGUUACACAAGUGUACCUCUCAGCUAUUAAGUAAAAACAUGUCAUUGGAACUACAGUAGUUAUAAGAAAUUCUAACCAGAAUGGUAGAAGGGGAGCUGUGGUUUGACGUGCUAUAACCACUUAAAAAGUAAAUACUUGUUGUUACUGAUUUUUUUUUUUUCAUUAAGAAAUUCCUGAAUGCCAUUCCUAGAUCUACCUGACUGCUGUUUAAUAUAUCUAUUAGAAUGAUUAUUUCUAAUUUAUCAGUUUUGAUUUUUAACGUUUUGUUUUAUAGAACCAUAAAUGCGGGAAAAACACCAAACAAGAAUGAAGACCAAUCUGUGGCUGGAAUGUUCUGUUUAAAUGUUAGCAAAUCAUCUGGUAAAGCUGAUGAUGAAGGAAGUCCUACUCGUGUUAGUCAGGUACAAUUAAGACAGGAAUUAAAAGACUAUGAUUAAAAGUUCCUCACCUCACCUAGUGUUUUCCUUAUCAGGUGGUAACCGGUAAAAUUUACCACCUGAUUCUGAAGCAACACUUCUGACCUCCUGCAAUGGCCUUAAGGUUUCUAACAAGCGACAAGGCAAUGAAUGAAUAUUUUGAUAAGACAUAUAAGGUACUUAAGGAUGGAAAAGUACUAAAGUGAACACAUCUGUAAAAAAAGCUCCUCACCCCCAAUGAGAGCCUCUUUUUUGUAUUUCCAUUAUUUCCAUGGCAGGAUUAGCUCUGACUGUGUUAGUAGAGUGCUUUACUGCAGAGUGGGAGGUCACGCGUCCAAUUUCUGGUGCCGGAACAAUACUAAGGGUCUUAAAAUAACUGAGAAAUGGCAGUACUGCCAUUGCCUUGCAAAUGACUAGACCUUCGUGUGGCUCAGAUGACCACAUAAUUGGCCUUCCCGUCUCCAGUAGGAGACAUAAAAAUAGUGUCCCCAGUUAGUACUGUCCUGGUAAACACAUUGCCAUUCUCAUUUGCAUACAUGAAAGUCCUUUUGAAGCAAAUUCUUGAGUUAAAUAAAGUUGUUAUAGUCAGUUGAUUGAUUUAUUGCUUUUGCUUGAUUGUUUUCAGACAAAGAUACCCUAUGCCUAUUUUGGUGUAUUUGAUGGCCAUGCAGGAUGCGGGGCAUCUCUGAUGGCUGUUAACCAACUGCACUUUCACAUCAUGGAAAAGCUACAAGGAAUCAAAGAACUGUUGGCCUAUGAGAGUGAUGACAAGCUUGCCAAGGCUGAAGAGCUAGCAGAUGCUGUUGUGUCAUCAGUUACUAUUGAUAGUCUUGUUAUUGGAGUUUUGGAAGAAGCUUUCUUCGAAAUGGUAGGUCUGUGCCAUGUGGGUUGUCUGUGACUCUUGGGUAACUAUACGUGUGUAGUCUUAUUAGUAGAAAAUGUACAUGUUCCAGUGAGUGCUGUAAACAGUCUCUCAUUUUGUUUGACUUAAUCUCUGUCACCUGUACAGUGUAGCAAUGAGCGUUCAGAUAUUAUUCCUCUAGACAGGCCUUCUGACAGGGUGCGCGGGUGCUGGACCGCACAAUUCGGUCUAACCCGCACAAUCACACACAAUCGGCAAAAUCCCGCACAAUACUGAAAAAUUUCCUGAAAAUUUAAAUUAAAUCAGGUAUUCCUAUUGAUUUCCAAGAUUUCUAGAAAACUUUUAGGCUAUUUACCUUCCAAAACAAACGAAAAAUCCAUAGCUUUUUCCUCGAACAGCUCGGGCGCUUAUAAAAACAACAAGGCGCUUUCCAUAGCUCGCGCUGUCCUGGGCACUAGUCACGUACACAUCGAGUAUUGUGUCGUCAUGCAGCGCUCCGUGGGAUACUGGGUUUUACAAUUUACAAACUCAACACUCGCGUUCGUGCGUUACGUGUUCGAUGCGGAUCUUAUGACUCUUAUUGCUCAACUGAUUUGAUUUUGGUCUCGGAGGCACUCUGGCAGCUCUGUAAGACAACAAGACUAACUGCAUCAUCUUAAGUUUUGAUCCACGUUAUAUUUAUAAUAUACCUCAAAUAAAUUAAGACUGAAAAAGGUCUGGUCAACUUAUAUCACUGGAAAGAGCAAUCGAUGCAGUACGUGGCAGUGUAUUUUUCAGGGAGCUCUUGCUCACAAUCACGGAAUAUUUGGUAGGUCGAAAGAUUGCGCAAUCCCGCACAAUUCCCGCACAAUCGGUGUUUUUCCCCGCACAAUUUGCCCCCAAAAUCGCGCACAAUUUUUAUUUUUUUCCCGCACCCUGUCAGAAGGACUGUCUAGAACUGUAAGAAUUGCAUUAAAAUCACAAUUGAACUUCCAUUUAAAAGCAGCCUCCCUCUUUUGAAUGAGUAAUCAAAGUCUUAAAAUAAAUUAAGAAUGUAGCAAAGGACAUUGUAAAUUUAACCUCUGUUAAGUGGCCACCCCCAUCAAGUGGCCGUAGCCACAUUCUGGCCAUUGUGAUGUCCGUUCAUUUGGCCUAAUUUUAAAAAUUUGAUGAAGAAGAAUAGAGUUGCAAACAGAGGAUGACAACUGUUUAUGAAUCAGUAAUGUUGCUGCCUUCACCUGCUUGUUUCAAAAUAAACAAUUGAUAUUUCUGCGGGAUCAUACUUUGGCUGCGCAGAGAUCAUAAUACAAAAUUUCUCUUUAAGUGUUGAAAGUCAAGAUAUUUCACAAGCGAGUGCAGCAAACAAGUGAAAUAUUAAUUUUUUUCAACACAAAAACCAAACCAUUUCACUGAAAUAGUUGUUUGCUGUGAAAGGCGUGAUUUAUUAUGUAGCCAUAGCAAAAGUGAUAUUUCACGUGUGAAGAUAACAUGUAAUGUUAUUUUCUCAUUUGAAGAUAUCAUGUUUUUGUGUCUGCAAAAGCUCAGCUGGUAUUUCAUUGGUGUUUAUAUAAUAAAGAUUAAUAAUUAAUGGGUAUUAUUAUUUUUUUCUGGUACACAGGAUGAGCAGAUAAGAAGAGAGAAAGUGACCUACAGGAUUGAUGGAGGCUGUGCAGCUUUGGUAGCACUGUUUUUAGGAAAGAGAUUAUAUGUGGCUAAUGCAGGGGACUGCAGGUAGGAUAAGAAUGAAGGGCAUUGGUUUUUAUUGACUAAUUGAUGCUAACAAAGCUAUGACCUAAUAUCUACUGGUAAUAAUCAAAGGUCAGUGAGUAAAUUUCACUAUAAUCUGGGCUCACAGACAAAACUUCAAUCAUAAAUUAUGCUGCACGAUCCACCCACUCACCGAUUAUCCACCCACCCCUUUAUUCACAAAAUCAAUAAACAUUACACAUGAUUUAAUCAUGUGUAAACGACUCAAUGAACUUGAUGUUCUAGUUCUAACAUUGCAUCUUCUGAAACUCUUAAACUUGACUACAUUGUAUAACUUUUUGACAUAACUCAAGAAAAACAACUCAGAACGAAUAGCUGUCCCCUGUUACAAGAGGCUCAUUCACUUCCAUAAUUAUCAGUGCUCGACACUAACUCUAGUCCACUAGCCCAGGACUAGUAAAACUUCAUGCUGGGCUAGUAAAAAUGUGCUCCAACUAGCCCCUAGACAGGUUAGUUUAACGAAUAAAUAAAUACAUCUUCUACAGCCAUAUAACUUGAAGAGUUCUUUUUCUAAAACACUUCAUCCAUAGUUAGUUUAAAUGUAAGCCAAAGUAUUUGCUAUCCAUAUUGUACAGUUGACUCCAGUCACAGCAUGGAUACCAUGUUGGAAAUGGAAUUACGUCCUUGUUUCCACGUCACUCAAUAAAAUAGGGGCCUGGGCCUGGGUGGGUGAGAGCCAUCGAGGGUCCAUCAUCUUGGAAUUUAUUUGUGCACAUUCACCACAAGAAUGAAAGAGCUUUUUCUUAAAAACACUACCUUCCAGAAAGCGCCCUUCAAUGGCCAAUGAUGCUGAUGCAGAUUUUCAUUUUGUUUCAUUGCUGUAAGCUCAAAGCAUUCCUGUUAUCAUAAAUAUUCAUUUUUCUUUUUUUUACCUUUCCUUUUCAUUUUCAUUUUUUUUUGUCAUUUUUGUUGUAUGUUUUAAGAUUUACUGUAGGUCUGUCAUUGAUUUUUCCAUGUGUAAUUAUGAUAACAUUUUGUUUUUACUAUUUUACAUUAGGGAGCCCAUUCCUUAUAAUCCCGGUGGCUUCUCUUGGGCUUCCUAGCCAUGAGAGUUUAAAUAAUUAGUUUUUCUUGCUUUAGUACAACUUAUGGCAAAACAAUGAACUGAAACUGAAACUGAAACUAAAGGAUCACACACAACAUGAAGAGAAAUAGAGUGCGAUAAGCGGUUAAGAAGUUUUUAAUGAAAUUGGAAGAAAAAUCCUUUUAUGCGAUUCAUAUGGAGGAACUUGUGUAGAAUCAAACAGUAGUGCUGAUAGGUCAGCAAAUCUGAAUUCUCCUUUUGUCCCAGACACAGAAAAUUUCUGUCUGGACUCUAUUAAGAGUCGUAAAAGUUCUGAACCCCCAGUACAGGCUGCAAACACUUUUAAGUUUUGAACAACCGCCAUUUUUCUUGGACCAAUGGCUUGUCCUUGUGGGCUAGUAAUUUAUGCCUAGUGUCCAAAAACAUUAGUGUCGAGCACUGAUUAAUGCUUUCAAUUUUUACUUUUUUCUCUUGUAGGGCAGUCGUAGCUCAUAAAGGAAAAGUAAUUCCUUUGUCCAGAGACUUCACUCCUGAAACAGAAAGACAAAGAGUUCAGCUUAUUGUAAGAAUCACGUUUAUUGUUGUCUUUCAAAAAGUGCAUAAUGCAGAAAUGUGAUUGUUUGUUUGUUUGUUUGUUUUUUUGUUGUUUUCACGCUUCUUGCAUUAGACAGCGUUCGAUUCAUUCCUUUCGUAACCAGCAUUUUUUUAUUUAUUUCAAUUACCUGUCACGUGUACCAACCACGUGCGCAUGCCGCUCUCCCCUUCCAAACAUGCAUGCCACGUGCAUUUGCUUUUCGCACCCACCACAUACGCCUCCUCCGCGAGCUAGUUACCAUAAAUGCAGUGUAACCGGACUGAAAGUGGUUGCCUGCUGGCUGCAAAAGGUUAGACCAAAGGGGGUCUGAAUCUAUCAUUCUGUAACAGUUAAAUGUACAAAGCACUAACAGCUUGUUCUGUGAUAAUAAGAUACCUCGAUUGGAUUUUUCAGGGCCAAUGUGUCCCAAAUUUGAGCACAAAACUCGUUACCAUUAACAAAUAUCUAUGUGACAACACGAUUACCCAUGCUUUAUCAGACAAAGAUGAAAAUUUGUCAUGAGCUGUGUUAUGUUGACAUCGCAGUCAUCAUAGCAACGAAAUGAAGUCGUUACCUGUUUUAGCUGUAGGAUCGCUCAACAGAGCUUGUUCCUUCAAUACUUACCUCAAUGUUUGUGAAUUUGAGUAAAACGUGUAUUUUGGCGGGAUGAAGUUAAGAUAACAUGGAUGUUUGAAUCUCUCAUUAGUCAACUUGGUUUUCUUUCCGAUGCUCUUUUGUAGGCUUAUCAGCGGCCACAGCUUCUAGGUAACGACUUUGGUAGACUCGAGUUUCAACAGAGAGUAAGGAAAAAACACGUUGGACAGCAGCUUCUUUACAGAGACCGACAUAUGACAGGAUGGUACGUUAAGUUGAUUUACGCUCUUUUAGGAAAGUCAACUUCACUGAGUUUAAAUAAGGUUAACAACAAGAGCCAGGGCCCAGUUCCUCGAAAGAUGGUUAAGUUUAACCCAAGAUUGAGCAAAAUUUCAAGCAAGGUUUUGCAACUCGAGCUUACAAAUACUGUUGAGCCAUUACUCCGAGAUAAGGUGAUGAUUACACAAAAAGUUACUCGAAGCAAUACAUAGGAAGGUAAAAUCCAAAAGUGCAUCAAAAUUGUAAUUCUGGAUUAGCGCAAAUCGGCCUUUCAGGAACCGGGCCUGGUGUUUAUGCGGCGUUUAGCUUUACGUUCAGCGACAUCAGAAUGUUAGGGCAUGCGCAGGAAAUCCCUCUUAUCAUAGCAAUCGGAGCAGUUGCCUUGUUGACAGAUCCCUUGCAGUGCUUAGCAUUCUUGUUUUGCGUUGUCACGGUAGCUGUCGGAUUUUUUAUAGAGACUCGGUAACUAUUUUGACAUCACCAUGAAAAUUGUCGCUUAGAAAAUGAUCUUCUUUUAUAAAGAGCGCGGCGAAAUUAUUGUACUCUACUUCCUGCUCUAGCCUCAUGCACUUUGUUGGGCGAAGUGGAAGUGGAAGGUUGCCUUUUUCCUCCGCGCGAAAGUAGGGAACUAUAUCAAAGACGACGUUGACGACGACAAGACCGUCAACAACAACAAAAAAUCUACAUGACGAGCAUCACGCAAUUUGGCACAUUUCUUCUUCCUCAGUAUUUUGAUAGAAUGGCCUCCAACGGGAUGUUUCUAAGAGCAUGAAAAAGUCAGUUGUAUCAAUUGUUACCAAGUACUGUACAUCCAUAUUGUUGUUGCUGUUGUUGUUGUUUGUUUUGUUUUGUUUUUGACUUGAUUUUGGGCUGAGUACCCUUUUUCGUUGCGAUACAUUCAGCUCGACAAUCAAAUAGAAGCAGCCUGCGUAUAAUUCUGGGUUUAUAUUCUUUACGAUGAUUAUUGAUAUGAAUAAAACUGAUAUUUUUCCGCGCUUUGCAUUGUCAUUUCUCUGUAGACCGAACAUCAUUGCUCUUGUAAGCUGGAUGUAAACCUUUAAACAACUAACAAGCACUUGUAUUGUUGGCAGGGCUUUAAAGACAGUUACGGAGGAAGAUGCUCGAAAAUUUCCUAUGAUUCAUGGGGAAGGAAAGAAGGUACAGCUGUAACAGUGACGUUUCUCGCCCGUGCGUGAAAUAUCAUCUUGUAGAAGGAAUGUUUAGUAGCUUUGCUCUUAGCCAGUUCUCUUUGGCAAUAUAAAGUGCAGAGAGGCAGAGUAGGUCGUCUUGGGGCAAAAUCUGCGCGAUCGAGUUCGCCUUGGAUUCCUUCAUCUGACCGCUUGUGUCUCGUUCUCUGUCGCAGAUCGCGCUUUUUCUUUUAGAUUCGAGGUUGCCGGUGGAAAAAGGCUUGGGAACAACCUGCCUUGAGAAUGGAAAGCUACAAGUGGUAGUAGACAGAGACAGGCCUUCCGAAAGUUGUGCUUUCUAGUUUUACUUGUAAACAUUGCUAGCAGUUUAACACAAAACGUUCCAAAAAGUACGGAUUUGUUGUUGUGCCUUUCCAGUUUUGUUUGUAAACAUUGCCUGUGGUUCAACACAAAUUUAGCAUUUUACAACUUUUGAAAACUUUUUGUGGUAGCGUGAUUUUUUAAUUAUCUGUAAUAGUAUGCGUCACACAUAUUGGCUGUUGAAUAUUUUCAUAAGAAAAUUGGUCUGUUCACAGUAUGAAAAUUGGUAAUUAAAGCUAAUGAUUAGUUGAGUUCUCUCGCAGUCUCCUUCGCAGCCGCUCGUGCUGGAGUCACGCAAUGCUCCCCGACGCUGGGGGCGGGGGGCAUUGCGUGACUCCGGCCCAGGCGGCUGGGGACUUAGAGUAGUAAAUAGACUGUUUUAUCGGGAAUCGAGGGGACCAUAAGCAAAGUGUAAGUUACAAUCAGUGCCAAACUAUUCAUUGCUUAAAGUUUGGUUAGCUAGGGGGAGCCUUGGGGGCCUUGCAUUUGUUUGAUAAUUCCCAGGUUAGGGCUUCAAAAAUGUGACUGAAAAUCGUUUGAAAAUUACUGCAAACUUUAAAGGCUAGUUGAAAUUAAUCUGAUUUGUUUUGUUUGCUAGGCGCGUUUGUUGGACACUAUUGGAACGACCCGUGGAUUUGGAGACCAUGAUCUGAAAGUUGCUUUUUGCAGUCUUCCAAUCAAACCAUUCCUUACUCCACAACCGGAGGUGAGUCAUCAUUUAAAUAUUACUUCCAGUUCGGUUAAAAAUAAAAACUACUUUCGCGCGGUUUCCUUACCGCCGAGCAGAUCGAGCCGAGUAAGAGAGUUCGCCUAAGGACUAGGCUAGACGAGUACGACUACGAGUUCGAGACUUUUUCAAUACUAAGAAGUGCACGCGCGUGAACCAGCGUCAUUUUGGCGGGAAAACGUGGUAGCCGUCGUCAUUCUACUACGAGUUUUCGCGCGAAUGUCGUGGUGGCGAAAAUAAGAUUAGAUAUCAAAUGCUAGAAGUUUUAUCAUUUUGCGAUUGGGAGAGCGCGUAAACCUCCUUCACUGAAGAUAACAAUGCUAACGUUUCUGGUGAAAAAUGGUGAAGUGAAGCUUUCAGGAAAGUCUAUAUUUUGAGAAAACGCCAAAAAACUUCAGAUCAAAUCUCGUACUCGUAGUCGUCCUCGUCCUCGAAUCUCAAGGUCUCCAUUUUCUUUUUUCUCCAAUUAUCAUUUUUUUUAUAAGGCUUAGCUUACGUGUUAAAGAAGAGUUGUUUUCCGUAAUGUGUUUGUGGUCUUCCUCAUCUGCCUUAGGUUCGAAAAUUUGACUUGUCGAGUAGUAAGCUCACCGAAGAUGACGUCAUCAUAAUGGCCUCUGAUGGAUUAUGGGAGAGGUUAUCUAGUGAAAAGGUUCGUCUGUUGAUUUUCUGAGGACAAUUGAAAUGCUUCAAUUUGCUUUGUGAAAAUAAAAGGACGUGGCUACAAUGUACUUUUUAAUUUUUUUUCCUGAUUCUUUUCAGGCUGCUGAAUUAGUUAUGGAGACAUUUUCAAAGGUCCCUAAGGACGAUAAAAGAAGGUAAGUUAAAACGAAAGUGGAUGAUAGCGUUCUUUUUCCCUCUGAGAAAGCCGUGGACAUGUUUGUUACUGGGCGCAGUUCUUAGACCAAAAACGUUGUUAUUAACUGGACAUCUCGCCGGAUUUGGGAUCUCUAGACCCGUCGUAUUCGAGCUCUAUACAUGUUGACAAGAAACUUUGCUUCAAAUUUUUAGUUGUUUACCAACCUGUUUACAGUAUUUAAAAUGGUAAAAAAAGCGAAAGCUCUAAACUGGAAUCGAAGAUGAACACGGAAUUCUCUCUGAAACAUUUCGACCAGGACUGAAGUCUAGACGUUCCUUUGCUUUCGAACAUUGGGAAAGUUUCUGUAAAUAUUGAAAACCGUCAUUUCUUCAUUUCUUCUUACCGUGUAUGACUAAUACUUCGUGGUGCCUCAUGCUACUGAAUGUAAGUCUCCCCCCUACCCCCCCGCGUGUUGGCCUAUUCUGACUUUUAUAGUGCCGUGUUCUCUUUUGGCUAUAUUAUCAUUAUUUUUAAAUACCGUUCAGUGCGGGGUCCAGACCUUGACAUAAUGGGGGGAGGAGGGAAGGGGGCAGUCUCCAAAGUUUGGUCUGAAUAUAGGGGGGAGGGGCGGGGCCCCUCCCUUGGAUCCGCCUCUGCCGUCGGGUUUCGCCUAGACAGGUUUUGAAUCAUUUUCCUCCUAUCUCUAUAGGUACGUCAUGGCAGCCCAAGUCCUAGUCGGGGAAGCGCGCGGGACACUAUCAGAGAAGGGCUGGAGACGAGUUAAUGGCGAGUUGGCAUCCUACGAUGAUAUUUCUGUUUUUGUCAUUCCUAUUAGUGAAUGCAGCAGUGAGAUGGCGAAAUUCACAGUGGAGUAUAACUCACCACCUAGUGGCAGACAAACACAUUCUAUUGCUAAUGAAGAGUAGAACAUUCGUUUUGUUUAAUUGGUGCGGAAGACUAAUGGUAGCCUGUUUUUCGAAAGUAGUACAACAAGUGAAAGGCGCCAGCGCCCGGGAAAUUCCAUCCUGCAAAUAGCUUAUUCUCGCGGGAGGUGAUUUUCUGCGUGCUCGCGUGUUUUGCUAGCGUUCUUUUCCCUUGACAAAACUCAGUGACAAAUUACUAGUGAUUUGUUAUUAUUUUUGUUUUUCUCAGAGGUAGUCAAGUGAGCAAAAUUCCACCUCGUAAAUAGUGUCACCUCCUUGGAGGCGAUUUCCCGCCCUCUUGCAUGUUUCGGUCGUUUGCUCUAUCGUCCCUGAGAGGGACUCGAGGUUCCUAAACAAAUAACCACAGGCCUAGCCCGUUCAAUAACUUUGAGCCCGCAAUCGUGUUGUUAAUUGUUUGUUCUUAAAUUCAACAUUAUAUUCAGAAAGUGCGCACAGUCGUUUCUAGAUCUUUCAGAUUUUUUGCUCAGAAAUUGUGCUUGCACACAGAGUGUGCAAGAUGUAGCAGAACGGUCACUCCUCUCUAAAAACAAACCAGUUUAUGCCCCAUUCACACCACCUAAACAUGUUUGAUUAAACCAGGUUUAAAAAUAUGAAAAACAGACAUAAAAAACUAGGACACAGGUUUUUACACAGGAUUUAAAAGAAAUUCAACAUGUUUUGUAAUUUGCAAUCGACUUAGUCAGUAAGCAGCUUUUAUGAAGGGAAUUUUUUCAAACCUUGUUUAACUAAACUGCUUUUAAAAAGCUUUGGUGUGAAUGGGGCUUUUAGCCAUGAAAAACGUUUGGUCCGGUUUUGAAUGUGCACGUAUGCCAUUCAGAAUCUGUACGGGCGGUCGUAUUUUGUCAUCUUGAGUUUCGCUCCCACAGUCGGUCAUGACUACACGUACUUCAGUCUUAACGUUUUAGUUUGAGUGCACGAAAUGGUGGACCAUUCAAUACAGACUUCUUCAAGUGGCACAAUUUAAUUUUCAGCAUUUUACCAAAAAAAAAAAAAAAAAAUUGCGAUUUGUUAUGUACUUUAGAUAGUCAAGAAUGACAGGGGUUGUAAUUUAAACCUUUCGCAAUAUUCGAGGUGCCUUAAGUAUGUUUUCGUUACAAAGUUUUGUAGAUGGGGUAAUACCUGAGCCCCUAACCCUAGUUCCAAGCAAUGUGAAGGUUUGGAAGGCCUAAAGAAUUCGGCCCCAGGACACUCGCAAAAGCAUGAACGCUAAUCUCACAAACAUUCGUGCUCAGUUUUCACAACUGUUGAACACCAUACUGAAAACAACAACAAUUAGAAGACAGACAAACACAGCACCAUUGCCCAAAAACUAACAUAACUUAACUUUGUGAGAUUAAUUGUUUCAUAAUACAUGAGUAUAAAUUUUAGAUGUAGUAUUGUGGAGAUUGUACUUAGAACACCCAAGGUGAAUAAUUAGAAUGGGACAAUGUUGACCUUGUACAACAUUUAUUUGCUGCUUAAUAAGACCUUUUAAGCUUGUAUGUUUCGUAUUUUCAAUUCAGACCGCGUGAUGUUCUCCAGCGAAUUUACCUUUUGUCUUCACAAAGUUUCAUACAGAUGCUCGUGGUUGCACGUGCAUCAAACGAUAUGUGAAACAAAUAGUUCCCUUGGGUACCUUCACGUGGUCUGAAAAGGGGAUUCAAAACAUGCAAGCUAAAAAGGUCUAUUCCGUACAUUAUUGAUAAAAAAUUUAAUUUAUGAACAUUAUUCAGAUGGGGAAAUCAUAGCAUUUUGUAAACAUUGCUGCGUUCAUUAAAUAUGAUAAGUGAAGGUGGUAAGCAAAAUACACUACGCUUUAGU